ACCGGAUCAUUCUUAUGCAACUAUCACGUUUUCACUCUAUCAUGGAACUUAGAAGGAACGCGCCUUCUAACCGGCGGAUCCAUUAUAGAAAUGUGGAAAGAAAAAACUUCAGAAAAAGUUGAAGAAAGUUCAAAUGGUGUCAAAUUCGAAAUUGGCGGGGGUGACCGCGGCAACAAAACACCAACUAAUGAGCCCCAGGAUGAAGUAGUAACAUGGGACACUAUAUGGUCGUGUCAAACUGCAAUUCCCAUUUAUCAUAUGGCAUUCAGUCCCGAUGGUACCCUUUUUGCGACAUGCGGGCGAAAUGACAGACUUGUGAAAAUUUGGUAUGAAAAUAAGCAAGUUCUUUUUCCUUCUAAAAACGGUACUAAAACUGUCUUUGGAAACGAUGCAGAACUUAAUUUUACAUAUGUUUAUAUUGCACACCCUCGUGCAGUAACAAACAUCGCGUGGCGUAAAACAAGCAAGUAUAUGCCGAAGGGAUCCGUAUCGAACAUGAUAGUAACGUCAUGUCUUGACAAUAUCUGCCGUAUUUGGAUCGAAACUGUAUUACCAGAUGAUGGUUUAAUUAAUAUGACCCAAUUCGAUCCGUUAGCAUCACAAAAUCCAAAAUUUAGGACACAACGCCACAAACAUCGUUUCAUGCAACGAUUAAAACAUAUGAAGACCUGUUUUCAUAUUAGAAGGCACGCGAAAGCGGGGUCUGGAAUUACUAAUUACCAAGCUAAUGUUUUAACUGACGCAUUUCACGGACCAAUACCGUCUUUACCGUCAUCUUGUAGUGUUCACGACUUUCAUUCAUAUGGGUUUCAUAGCACGGGCGUAUCUCCCGGUAUGCAUUUUCACUUGGCGGCGUCAAUUAAUGCUGAAACGGAUAUUCCACUUGUUCCUUCAAUGCAUUCGUCGGAUAGUUCUAAUCAAAACAGCUUUAUUUUACAUUGGCUUAAUAAUAAGGAAAUGAAUUUUUCCCUUCAGGCUGAAGUUAUACUCCAGGAACUGACUAAAAAAAUAAUUGACGAAGAAAGUACUAAUACGUCAAAUAAUAAUGUCUCUGAACAGCAGGAACUAGAAGUUGCUGAUGAAUCUAAAAAGAAGUUUUUCCGGGCUUUAUCGAAGUCAUUGUCGGCAGAAGAUAGUUGCUCGGAAGAGUACAAGAUUUCACCUCAUCAGAGUAAGACUGGCAUUUUACAAAAUACGAAUUCAAUGUCGAACACAGCAUCUCUGAAUUCUUUAAACGAAAACAACCCGACCAUUAAUCAUUUUGCUGACUCUCUGGACUUCAAAAUUGAAUGUUUAUUAAGGGAUUGGCACCAAGGUCCCGAUCUUGUAUUUGCAAUUCAUCCUAUAGAUGGAAGUUAUCUUAUAUGGGUAGUUGAUUGGCUGGAUGAUUAUUACCCAGGAUCCUUUCGCCAAGCACAAAUUUCGUUCUCCACACGCAUUCCAUCUGCGUUUCCACUCGGUGACGCAAUGUCUAUGUCAACAACAGUUAGUUUGUACAAUACAGGUUCUCCGCCUCUAAUUUUUCGAGAAAUUGCAAACAGCGUGAAAAGUAGAAGCGAAGAAAAUACAUCACUAAAAGAAUCGCCUAAUUCUUCCCCUAUGAACAAACCUAACAAUCCCGAAAUAAACGAACAGUGCUUCAACAAUCUAACAAACAGUCUUUCGCCGUCUGUUUCUAUGGUAACCAAACAUUCCAAUGGAACCUUAAACUUGUGGCAACUAACUUUUGCUCUUAAAACGAAAUUUACUCAAGUUCUCAGCAUUGGUCAUGUUUGCAGAGCUUCCGGACACCGCUUCAGAGUUAACGAUAUAACUUGUCAUCCCGUUUUACCACUUCUUGUCUCAACUUCUCAUCAUAAUUUGCCAGAAUCCGAAAAGAAAUCACCUUGUAGUGCUGAAAAUCUUCCUUACAACAAAGAUGUUUUUACUCCUUCUGGAUUUUGCUCUGAACUUAUUUUGUGGAGAGUCGAUUCCGUUGGUCCACUUUGCCAUUCGGGUGGAGUAAGUGAAUUAGCACGCAUUAAUUCCCCUGAAAUAUCUGCAUUUAGCAACGUCGCAUGGAUUCCAACUCUGCUUCCGAGUACAACCUUAGGAAACAGUAGUAAUUCCCCAUCAGCUUGUUUUGUUGCCAGUGAUGGGGAAAAUCUACGAGUUUAUCAAGCAGUCAUCGAUGCACGCACCCUGCUUGCAGAGAUAUCCUCUUCGGAAAAUGUUCAUAGCUUCUAUAAAACCAAUUCAAUGACAUCAAUUUAUUCGAAUGCUUCAUCCACCUUUAAAAUGAGAAAAACACCAUUUCAUGAAAAACUUAAGGUUGUGUCUCAGCAAUCUACUGCACGUCCUGGAUGCAUAAUUCAACUUGAUCCAAUAUCAGAAGCUAAACACGAUUGGCAGAACACUCAAUUUCUACAUGUUUUCCAAGCACAGUUGAUUGAUGGAGGUCAUCGAAUGGAAACGGAUUUAGAUGCAAUUGUUGAUCUUCAACAACAUUUUGAAUUUAAAGAGCCUUUUUAUAUCGUCAUAAUUGAAAAAACUAUUAAAGGGAGUACAAUUCAUAUGUGGCGUAUCAUUAUUUCCUCAAAGGAACAAAAAACUUUUCUAUCAGAUACCGCAAUGUAUGUUCCUGACAGCAACAUUGUACAAGAUAUGGAAGAAUCCGACUUAGCGCAACGAAGAAUGUCAGGCGCUAAUAUAUUACUUAACAAUUGUGAAGAAACAGGUAGUGAUACAGCGCAUAUGACUAUACAAACAGAAAAAGUUUGUACUCAAGAGCUGCCUAUGCCCGAAGGGGUUGAUGUCAUCCAUGCCUCCCCAGCCGCUGGUCAUUUAAGUUCUUCGUCUAUUUAUCCGGCUUGUUAUGCUCCCUACAUAGUAGUUACUGCCUGUUCAGAUUCGAUUUCCCGAUUUUGGAAAUGCGAAACUAUUUCAGAUGAUACUGAAGAUAUCUCUAAAAAGAUAUACAAAUGGGCCGAAUGGAAAAUGUCAAGUAGAGUACAGGAUUCAGCUAUAGAAAUUCCUGGACAACCUUUAAAUAUUAGUGCGGCGUAUUCUGGACGAGUAGCCUGUGCUUAUAAAUAUGGAAAGAGCUUCACUCGUCCAAAUAAAGGUGACCCAGAUUCGAGAUAUAUAAAUCUUUGCGUGGCUAUUUAUGAAUGUGAAAGCUCUGGUGGGAGCGAAUGGGUACUAGAAGAUACAAUUCACUUAAAAAAUGUACAUUUACCGCGAAUGAACAUUGAUCAUGGCAUCGAUCUUAGUUAUUUACAUGAUAGUCGACUACUGCAAAAGAAACAACGUCUGAACCAAGUCUUCCAAACAUUUACGCAAGAUGACGCCAGAUCACCACGAAGUGGUGAUACAACACCUGAACUCACAACAAAAACGAGUGCUACAGGACUCCUUGCAGUUCCAAGUUUUAGUACGCUACAAUCUUUGAGAAAAAGUAUCGCUGAAAAUGGAAAUACGUGUCCAUUAACUCAAAAGCAUCUGGUUCAAUUAGAUUGGGUAUCAAAGGAAGACGGUUCGCACAUAUUAACAGUGGCCGUAGGCAGUAAAAUACUUCUGUAUACUGCUGUUUCAUCAGAUAUCGCCCAGGCUAACAUCAAAGCCAUGAAAGUGUCAAGAUCAGCAAACCGGCCAAUUUUGCGUAAAGCAAGUUCUUUAGCUCAGCCACAUUUUAACGACGAAAUACGUUGGAUGAAAUUGCGGCAAAUUGACUUACAUACGGCCGAUGGUUUGCCACCAUUACCUAUGCAAAUAUCAUGGGUUCGAGAUGGAAUAUUGGUGGUAGCAAUGGAUUCCGAAAUGCAUGUUUAUUCACAAUGGAAGCCUCGCUUUAACCAGGAACAUAGCGUGGAAGACCUCUUCGAUUCUAGAAAUCUUCGCGAUGAAGAUUUGAGAUCCUUGGCCAACGAGUCAACGCAGUUACGGCUAAAAACUGCGUCAUCCAUACCAUUAAUAAGUAAAGUGAGCACUACUAAUCUGCAAUUGCUCUCUAACGAAAAACGGAAAAGAUAUGGAAACUCAAACACAAGUGUACCAACGGGAUGCGAGUCAGCGGGCGAUGAUUAUAUGCCUGAUUUUGGUUUAUUUCAGGCUUCUCGUAUAGCAUGCCCGGUACUUCCACAAUAUCACCCAAAGCAACUAAUGGAGCUGCUUAAUUCGGGGAAAAUAAAUUGGGUCAAAGCAAUAUUAGCCCAUUUAGUGCGCUGCAUGAGUGGUCCAAACGAAUACACAUCCACUUCAGAUGACGGAAGCUCAGAGAAACAG